AAAAAAAAAUGCCAAAACGAUUCUUUCCUUCGAAAGUGCCGGGUUGAAUUUUCGAGCAGGGCCGAGUUUGCCAUACUUGUCGAGGACCAUUGCUGUUUGAGAGUGAAUGGGACGAUGAUAUGAUACAUACAACACGAACAAUUCGCACACAUUGAUUCCUUGAAAUCAACACUCGAUUGAUUCUCCAAUCAAUGUAAAAGUACCCAAAAAACUAAGAUGGGUUUGGGGGCUUUGCUUGUGGACAGCUUAGGGCACUCAGAUUCCCAUAAUGAGCAAAAUGACUGAAUUCAAAACAUAAAUAGAGGUGUCUGAAGGUUGGUUAAACAUUUGACUUUGAUUUAACAAGCGAAGAUGGAAAGGCAGGCACCUUAUGCUGAUCACAACGUCAAUCCAUAUGCUGCUGCUCAAAUGCAGCAGAUAGCCCUGCAGAGAAUGCAACAAAAUGCUGGAAUGAGUAAUUUUCCUGGAAGGCCUGACUCUUUCAUUUCUGAGAAGGAACAUAUAAACAUGCUCUCAAAAGAAGGGCAUAGACAUCCAAUGUCAUCUCACCCAUACAGCGAAGGUCAAGGGGGCAAUGCAGCUCGCUCUGUUUACGAGGGACAGAUGCCUGAUCCAAAAGUGGAUUCAUUGAAACAACCCAACAUGGAAUCUGGAUUUCAGGCUCAUGAGCAAGACAUGGAAAUUGGUUAUGAGGACAAGCCUUCAACACUGACUUUUGAAGGUCUCGAGCAAAGGUUCCUUGAUGAAAUUAUGAAAUUAGCAAAGGAACAGAGUGAUGCCGAGGAUGCAGAAAAUGCUAAGCACAGGGAGAAAAUAAUACAGAUAAAUACACAGUACCAGGAGAAAUUGUUAUCACUUCGAGCCCAACAAGCCAAACGGAGAGAAGAAUUUCUUCUCAAGGAGGCACAGGCACGGCUACAUCAGUAUCAGCAAGCUGGAUUGAAUCACCACCACCCAACCAAUGCAGGCCCAAUUGAUCCUCGUGGUGGCUACGGUGGGGCAGCAGCCACAGAAGCACACCGGGCUUAUGCCACUGGUCAAUCCGAGUCCUACAGAGAUAGAACACCAUUUCUUGGGGGUGGGAGGAAUCAAGGAACUGAUGCUAGGGUUCCAAUCCCUGAGGGCCGUGUUUACAACAAUACCAGUGCCCGCUAUUACUGAUAUAAUAGUUGCAGUAAAAUACAUAUAAGUUGGUUGGAACGGCAUACUGACUGCAUUCUUCUCUCUCGCUCUCUCUCAUGUUUCUAUUCUGGUGUUGUUUGAAUGUGAAAUAGAGAAUGAUCUUCACCUUGACUAUUUAUGAAGGAACGACUAUGUUCAUUAUAAAUGCAGACUUUUUCUCCUUGUUUGUGUGAAGAUCUUUGUCCUUGUAUUUUUCCAUUCAUCCCUGAGCAAGAACAUUUUGAUGUUGUUAUAUAGAAUUGAUUGCAUCACUAACAA